UUCAAUGGCCACCAGCAGCGGCGUGCGCAUGGUUGAUCCGAGUCAAACUUCCGGUGGUAAACGCUAAACGCCGACGUUAAGUAGACAAACGUUGUGUUGACUGUUUACGAAGCUUUUUAGAUUUCAGGCAUUUCUCGCAAACUGUUCACUGUUCAGCCGAGAAAUGUCUGACAGCGAAGACCUGAAGAUGAGCAAAAGAGACGACGACGAGUACGUCAUCAAAGUGCGCGGCCUGCCCUGGUCGACCACUGUUGAUGAGAUCCUCAAGUUCUUCUCUUUUGAGGGCGCAUGCAAUAUUAAAAAUGGAAAGCUGGGCAUCCAGAUGACCAUGUCCCGAGAAGGCCGGCCCAGCGGCGAGGCCUACAUCGAGAUGGAGUCACCUGAGGACAUCGAGAUGGCACUUAAGAAGGACAAAGAGCACAUGGGUCACAGAUACAUUGAAGUUUUCAAAGCGAAGCGGUCCGAGAUGGACUGGGUGGUGAAGCGGAGCGGACUGAACUUGGAGAACGCGAUGGACGAUGGCUGUGUGCGUCUUCGCGGGCUGCCGUUUGGCUGUUCCAAGGAGGAAAUAGCGCAGUUUUUCUCAGGGAUGGAGAUAGUACCCAACGGGAUUUCGUUACCGACAGACUACCAGGGAAGGAGCACUGGGGAGGCGUACGUUCAGUUUAUUAACAAGGAGGUGGCCGAGAAGGCUCUGCUGAAACACAAGGAGAAAAUAGGACACAGAUACAUAGAAAUAUUCCGCAGUAGCUUAUCAGAAGUGCGAGCGGCGUUGGGUCCCAAGAUGCGCCCCAUGGGGUUUUCGCAGCGUCCGGCGCCCUAUGAUAGAGGAGACCGCUACGGGGGUAUGAACCGCUAUGGCAUGGGCCGCGGGUCGCGCAGCUUCAAGGGGUAUGGGGAUUAUGACGAUGGCUGGGGCUACAAUGACAACAAUUGGGGGGGCCCGCGGGGUAGCCGAGGGUCCGCGAUGAAACCUGGAGGCGGCAACUAUGGAGGCAGGGGUGGUGGUGGAGGCGGAGGUGGGGGAGGCGGUGGCAUGUGGCAAAACGACGGCGGCCACUGCGUUCACAUGAGGGGUCUCCCCUUCCGGGCCACUGAAUCCGACAUCGCAGAGUUCUUCAGGCCGCUCACGCCGAUUAACAUUAGGUUGAUUCACGACAACUCUGGAAGAGCGUCUGGCGAGGCUGACGUCGAGUUUGAAACACACGACGAUGCAGUCAAAGCCAUGAACAAGGACAAAGCCCACAUGCAGCACCGCUACAUUGAACUGUUCCUCAACUCGUCGCCUGGAGGCGGUGGCGGCGGCGGUGUAGGCGGCGGCGGCAUGGGCGGAAUGGGCGGCAGCAAUGGAAACUACGGCGGCGGUGGCUAUGGAGGAGGCGGCGGUGGCGGCGGCGGCGGCUACGGAGGUGGUGGUGGAGGUGGCGGAGGUGGCAUGGGCAACAACUUCCGCGGUGGGUUCCCUGGCGGCGGCAUGGGCAACAAUAUGGGCUACAACCAAAUCGGUGGCAACAACUUCAACAACUUCUAGACCUCAAAUCAUCACAACCGAUCACUCGCGCAAUUUUGAUGCCAUGGAUAAUUGUAUAAAUAAGCCGCAUCUCGGGGCCGUUGCAAAAUCGCGAUUUCGCCUCGGCUGCUGCCUCUAACGCAUCAUUCCCUCAUUGUUUGUGCUUCAUCCGGUUCAUCAUUAAUUUUAUUUCAUAGACUCGAGAGGUGGACAUAAUGUGUUUUCAACGCCUAACAUCUUCAUGUAUCGAUUUAGAUAUGAACUGUACAGUAAAACUGCCAAUAAAUCGCCUGGUCACCUUAAAAA